AUGAUGCCUAACAGUCUACAGUCUCCGUCAAGAUUACCAGAAAUGGAUCCUGCAAUCUGGAGCCGUCUACCUGAGGAGCUACUGGAGCAUGUUCUAUCUUUUUUACCCCUAAAAACCUUCUUGAGUUUGAGAUCAACAUGUAAGCAUUUCAAGUCUCUUAUGUUUGCUCCCUCCUUCAUCUCCAAAUACACAACUUCUGGCUCUCCUUUCUCUUCUUUUCUCUUGCUUUCUCACCCUCAAUUUUAUCAGCAGUUCCCUUUGUAUGAUUCUAUUGUUGGCUCCUGGCGCAACUUAGCCUUGUCACUCUCUCUCUUGCUACCUGGUACUGGUUCUAAUGGUUCACCAUCUUGUACUCUUCUUUCGUCAUCUAACGGACUCUUUUGUUUCUCUCUUCCUAGUUCAUGUUCUUUUCUUGUGUGCAAUUUCUUAUCUAAAUCUUCAAGGAUCGUUGAAUUCCCAAGUCACCCUUUUGCUUUUGAGUCAGUUGUUUUCGUGUCAAUGCCGUUUGGGUACAAGAUUUUUGUGCUUUGUUCUAAGUUCUCUUCAAAUUCUGUUUUUGUUUACGAUUCAAAAUUCCAUUCCUGGAAAAAGUUUGAUCGCUUUGAGCCAAUUCUAGGUGACAAUUAUCGUCAAGAAGGUGUUUUCUUUAAGGGGUCCUUGUAUUUUACCACCUCAGAUCCAUUUUUCAUAGUGUGUUUUGAUUUGGAGAGUGGAAAGUGGGAGCGAUUGGACAAUGAAUUACCAGGGGACCUUACAUUUGUUAGGUUGGUGAGUGAUGGUGAAAAGAAGCUGUAUUUGAUUGGUGGGGUUGGGAGAAAUGGGAUUUCAAGAAGCAUGAAAUUGUGGGAAUUGGGUGAUGGAAGGAAUUGGAUUGAAGUUGAAAGAUUGCCUGAAAUGAUGUGUAAAAAGUUUGUUUCAGUUUGUUACCACAACUAUGAGCGUGUUUAUUGCUUUUGGCAUCAGGGGAUGAUUUGUGUUUGCUGCUAUACAUGGCCAGAGAUAUUGUAUUACAAGGUGUCGAGGAGGACUUGGCAUUGGCUCCCUAAAUGCCCUUCAUUGCCUGAGAAGUGGAGCUGUGGCUUCCGGUGGUUUUCUUUUGUUCCAGAGUUGUACGCUUUAGUUUGA